CCUGCUUCAGACAGAUUUAUAGAGGCCUUCUGCUCCUCUCUGCUGUUGUUUCAGCAUCUCAAAGUCUGAGCAGUCAGGGGUCCACACAGCUGCAGGAUUAUGGCACCAGGGAACAAGGGAAUCUUGGAGCGUCUUGACGCUGGGGAGGUGGUGAUCGGUGAUGGAGGCUUCGUGUUUGCCCUGGAGAAGAGAGGCUACGUGAAGGCCGGUCCCUGGACCCCUGAAGCCGCCGCAGAGCACCCUGAAGCAGUGCGACAGCUGCACAGGGAGUUCCUGAGGGCCGGGGCCAAUGUUAUGCAGACCUUCACCUUCUACGCCAGUGAUGACAAACUGGAGAACAGGGGCAACAAGCUCACCUUCACUGGAGCUCAGAUCAACGAGGCCGCCUGCGAUUUGGCCCGUGAGGUUGCCAACGAGGGCGAUGCCCUGGUUGCCGGAGGAGUGUGUCAGACUCCAUCCUACCUGAGCUGCAAGAGUGAGACAGAGGUGAAGGGCAUCCUCAAGAAACAGCUGGAUGUGUUCAUCAAGAAAAAUGUGGACUUCCUGAUUGCUGAGUACUUUGAGCAUGUUGAAGAAGCCGUGUGGGCUGUGGAGGUGCUGAAGGCGACAGGGAAGCCUGUGGCUGCCUCCAUGUGUAUCGGACCAGACGGAGACAUGCACGGUGUCUCGCCUGCAGAGUGUGCUGUCAGGCUGGUCAAAGCCGGUGCCCAGAUUGUGGGAGUCAACUGCCACUUUGACCCCAUGACCUGCGUGAAAGCUGUCAAGAUGAUGAAGGAGGGAGUGGAGAAGGCCGGGCUGAAGGCUCACUACAUGGUGCAGCCCCUGGCAUACCACACCCCCGACUGCAGCUGUCAGGGAUUCAUCGAUCUGCCAGAAUUCCCCUUCGGUCUGGAGCCCAGGAUCCUGUCCCGCUGGGACAUGCACCAGUUCGCCAGAGAGGCCUUCAACGCCGGCAUCCGCUUCAUCGGUGGCUGCUGCGGAUUUGAGCCUUAUCACAUCAGGGCUGUUGCUGAGGAGCUGGCCCCCGAGAGAGGCUUCCUCCCUGUUGCGUCAGAGAAACACGGCAUCUGGGGUGCUGGUCUGGAGAUGCACACCAAGCCCUGGGUCAGAGCCAGAGCCCGCCGUGACUACUGGGAGAACCUGAAGCCAGCUUCUGGUCGUCCCCUGUGUCCCUCCAUGUCUGCCCCCGAUGGCUGGGGUGUUACCAAGGGCCACACUGAUCUCAUGCAGCAGAAAGAGGCCACCUCUAAGGACCAACUCAAACAGCUGUUUGUCAGGUCAAAGAACUGAGUCUCCUUCAGAACUGAGACAUACAGCCGUGCCGUGCAGCUACUGACGUGGUGUGUACCAUCUGUAAACAGUGCUGCACCUAACAAACAUAAUGUCAGGGGCCAAAUCCUCACUUGAGACGGUCACUAUUCUGUACAAUCUGUCGAUUGGAAUACUGUAGGCUAUGUGUAGCCACAGUGGUGUCUCAAGUUAGGAGUCGGCCCAUGUUAAGAUUGGGACCUUUUUUUCAUGACUAUGGACCAGUUUGUUUCAUAAAAUAAGAUCUAAUAAAAUAUGAAUUGGCCACUU